GCGGGAAUAGGCUAUAUAAAUCCGCAAAACAGGACUCUUCCUGAAACACUCACAAAGUCUGCAAAGGACCAACUGAAUCGCUGCUCUGUGUCUCCAUCCGCGAACCGUCACAGCAGCUUUAGGAGUAAUACUUGUCUGCCAACUUUGGCGUAGACAGCACGACGCGCUUUAAAAGACGCAUCUUGGAAUCUGAAUAUUUCAUCUGCAGUUUCCUUGAAACCCAACAUGAAACUCCAGUUAUUUGCCAUAGAUUUAGUAGUUAUGUGCAUAUCUUGGGGAGCAAGUGCGCUGGCCACAAGUCCCAUUGCUGCGUCCUCAUCCACGCCAGGUGCCGACAUCAAUGGGUUUGGUGCGGCGCACGGUCACGGAGAAAACGGAACAGUUUCCAAAACCAGGAGGAAGCGGUAUAUUAGUCAGAACGACAUGAUUGCCAUCCUCGAUUAUCACAAUAAAGUGAGAGGCAGAGUGUUUCCUCCAGCUUCCAAUAUGGAAUACAUGGUGUGGGAUGAGACUUUGGCAAAAACAGCAGAGGACUGGGCUCAUGCCUGCCUUUGGGAACAUGGACCGCCUCACCUCCUCAGGUUUCUGGGUCAAAACCUCUCAGUCAGGACAGGACGCUAUCGGUCCAUUCUGCAGCUGGUGAAGCCCUGGUACGACGAAGUGAAAGAUUACUCAUUUCCAUACCCUCGUGACUGCAACCCACGAUGCCCUCUCAGAUGCUAUGGACCUAUGUGUACCCACUACACACAAAUGGUAUGGGCAACAUCUAACAAAAUCGGUUGUGCUGUCCACACGUGCCACAAUAUGAAUGUGUGGGGUUCUGUUUGGAAAAGGGCAACAUAUUUAGUCUGCAACUAUUCACCGAAGGGUAACUGGAUCGGAGAGGCUCCUUACAAAGUUGGCGUUCCGUGCUCCGCCUGUCCUCCCAGCUACGGUGGCUCGUGCAGCAACAACAUGUGCUUCCCAGCUCUCAAGACUAACUACCUGCACUGGUUCAAAUAAACACAAGCUUCCUACCAACAUGAGCCGACAACCCGUAGUACCACAAAGACAUUAUGUUUUAUUCGAGUAAGGAUUUGCACAACAGUCGAGCAACAACGCUUUUCUGUAUAUAUGGGCUUAUUUAAGGGAUAAGUAUACAAUUGAAGGCACCUGGUGAUUUUAGUGACUUGUAAAUAAUUUGUAAAUGAGUUAUGUUCCCUUUUUUUGUCAGUUUGCUACAUAUAUUGGAAAUGAUCAAAUAUCUAAAGGUAUUUAUAUGACAAAUGGGUCAUUUUAACAGUGCAUACUUUAUGUGGUCCUCAAAACCAUUGCAAUUACUGUUGACAAUGUGGUAAUUAAGGACAUUAAAGCCAUCACAGCUCCUCAUUUCAGCUCAAUUUGGUGCUAUGGGCAUCACACAUUCAUGUUGUGUGCUCUGCCUACACAAAAAUGUUGAGAUCAAACAGGAUCAAAAGGAUCAAAGCGUUUGACCUUAGAGGGGAACCUCCACUGGCAGCCUUUUCAACCUGACGGUGACUUGCAAAAUUAACUCAUAGAGCAGAACUUGCUCAUUUAAGGUGCAUGCAGGUUGUCUCAGUUCAGAUUUUUAAGCAAAGUCUACCUUUUUGUCAACACACUCAAGUUCUGGCUUAAGUGUCUUGUGAAGACGGUGCAUGUAUUGAAUUAAGCUGACUGGAAAGCCCCUAGUUUUGCAGGCUGAUGUCAGCACACAUAACGCCUCUGUUUUAAAAGGUUUCCUGAAAAGUCAGGCAGUACAUUUUCAGUCUUAAUCUGCACUAAUUCACUUCUGUGUCAUACUGACGACAAUUCAUCUGGGCAUUUCGCAGGUUUUACUCAUAUAUUUUAUAUUUAUGUUAGAGAAAUUAAGUCUGAUACAUAUCUACUCUGUGAUAACACCUACAUACAUAUAUCACCAUGUAAGUUUACUGGUUUGCUACAUGCCCUCUUGUGUAUUGAUGUUGUUUAUAUUUUGAUAUGACUCAUUUGGGAUUCCAGCACUCAAGUGCACCUUAAUUGUUUGUGAAUUUCAAAAAUAACAGAAAAGUGUUAUUUGUUUUUUUCUAUGUGUACAUAAUCAUAUCUUAACUAUGUUACAACAGUUAAACUGUAAGUUAUUACUUUUGUAUUGAAACCUGUUUAAGUUAUAUUAAUUUUGUAUUGUUUGUAAAAUGAUAGCAUUUAUUCAACAUACCGAAAAGGACAAAAAUAGGAGAAAACACAUUUUCAGUUUUUAAAUCAGCAAUGAUAUUUAUGCGGUGAAGUCCAUUGUUUUAUAUGUUGGACUUGUAAUAAACUGGUUGAGUUUUUAUCA